AGAGCCAUGCUGCUCGUGGUCUGCAACCUGUCGGCUUCCCAGGGAGCGGCCUCCGGGUGCUCCCUGGGGGCCCCGAGGCCCCAGCAGGGGGCCACUGUGGGGGGGCCACCUGCGGGGAGGGGGCCCGCAAUGGCGGUCGGCGCGUGGACGCGCGGCAGGGCCGACGGGCCCCGGCCGGGAGGCUCCCACGACGGCGCGCCGACCGCCGUCGCCGAGGCAGAGGCGCGCUGCGCGCUGCAGCAGCGGCAGCAGGAGAGCGCACCUGAGCGCGCUGGUGGAGCAGGCUUGGGAGAAGGUGCGCGAGUUCCAGGCGCAGAACGCGGCCAACGCGGAGGCCUCCGACGGCGAGGUGCAGCGCCUCGUCGGCGAGCUGCGCCGCUCGCGCCUGGAGCAGCGCGCGCUGGAGGCCCGGGCCAGCGAGGGCGAGCGCCGCGUCGCGGAGCUCCAGGGCCUCGCCGACGCCCUGCGGGCCGCGCCGGGCGCGCCGCGGCCCGACGCCUCAGCGCGCGAGGAGGCCGCGCGGCUGCGGCGGCUCGCGGAG